ACCAAACUCCGUGUGAGAAAAUCACUCAGGCCUUUUUAUUUUCUAUGAGAAUGUAAACAACUUUUUCGGGGAUGAAUUUAUGAAGCGGUCCUCUUCUCGAUGCCAAGUGGUCACCGACUGGAAAUCUCUGCAAAGUCUCAAUGUGUUCGCUUGUAUGUGCUGUUUUGGUUAUAGAUCCUCAAAAACAAAAGAAUACCGAUAAGUAUGAUAUGAUCAAUGUUUUCAAAAUCGGGUAGGAGGCAUCACAGAGACUGAAAAUUUUGGGAUUUUAUUCACAAGGUUAUAAUGUUUUGUGAUUUUGUAAUGGAAGAUUAAGAUUUGGUCAAAGGUCCCGCGGAAGACGGUGGUGACGUCAUGCCUUAUGCAACAAAACGCAAAGCCCCACGUUUUGUUCCGCACCACGCGCACGGAGCACUUUCUGAUUGCACAUUUUGGAAGAGAAAAAGGUUGGAAACGUGUGUGUGCAGUGGUUGGAUUAUGUGGACGAUGAAUGAUGCGGAUUUACCCCACUACAAAAGCAGAGGUGGAAGAUGUGACCCACCAAGUGCCAACUUGGAUUCGAUCAUUGAAAGAAACAAGAAAAAAUCACCGGCCACAUUUCAUUUGAUAAAUCAGAUCCCUUCCCCGGUCUCAGCUUUGACCAUUUGAAUUUCUUUUUUUAUUAUUAAAAGAUAUUUAAUAUGUUGAAAAUGCUUUGGUCAGAGGGCUUGCAAAUUUGAACCCCUUAGACUUUAGUUGUUCUUCAACGUAUAUAUAUGUUGAAAACUGAGGUGGUCUGAUCAAAGGACCAAAGAGAGAAAGAGAGAGAGAGAAGCAUGGAAUCCAACGGGGGAGGAAGAGAAGAGAGGAAUAAGUACAAAGGAAUAAGGCGGAGGAAAUGGGGGAAGUGGGUGUCGGAGAUAAGAGUGCCUGGAACCAGAGACCGGCUCUGGCUCGGCUCCUUCUCCACGGCGGAGGGGGCAGCCAUGGCUCAUGACGUGGCGUACUUCUGCUUGCACAGACCUUCCUCUGAUCUGGAGAGCUGCCUCAACUUCCCUCAGCUACUUUCCCUCCCAUCCUUCGCUUCCCUCACUUCCCCUUCCUCCAUCCAGAGAGCUGCCUCCGACGCCGGCAUGGCCAUCGACGCCUCCUUCUCCCUCACCGCCCCUCAGGGCACUGCCCCUUCCCCUGUCGUCGACGAGCCUCUCACCAUCUCCGUCUACGAUUAUGAUCUCGACGACCAUUCUCCCCUCUGAUCUUUUUCUUUUUACCAAUUCUUGUGUAUCCUCCUUUCUCAUGAUUCUAGAAGACGACAAAACACAAAAACAUCUGUACUACGUUACUUUAUGUUGGUGUAUAUUCGGUUUAUACAUAGAGGAACGAAGAACAUGGAAUCAGGUUGUAGAAGAGAAUACACGAAGCUUUUGAGAAGACAGAGUCAAAAGAAGAAGAAAACUUCGAUUGGCCAUUAAUAACUUAAAAAGGCUAUGGACCAUGACUAGACCAAAGACCACUCUUAUGUUUAUAUGGCCAUGACAUUAUAUGUGUCACUAUCUACGCCAAACGAAAAGUUAUUCAAGUCCUACAGUAAUUGCAUGUGUAUG